GCCUGGAGGCCCAUUAGCAGAAGAAAGAAGAAGAAAGGGGCAUAAAUCGAAACUGCAGACAUACAUGUCUGGCAUGGCGGAAGAGGAACAACCAUCAAACCCCAUACCUCCUCCUCCUUCUUCACACCAGCCUCUUCCUCCUUUUGUGGAGGUUAUGUGCAAAAGUUCAGGAAGAACAAGGCGAUUUGCAGCAGGUACAGAGGCAGGAUUUGCAAUAUAUUUGAUCAAUAAGAAGCUGGAUAUUGGGCUCCCACUUGCUUUACAUAUUGAAGCAGUCAAAGAAGGGGAGGAACCUGUUAGUUUUGGCCCAAAUGCUGUUCUUGUAGAUUAUGGAGAUGGAUGGAAGUUGGAGACAGUUACUGAUGUAGAAUUUGCAGGAGGUGUUGGAAAAGAGAAAAGGGUUCAACCGACAGAAGUGAAAAUCCCAAAGAGCUCAGGUGGGUCACAUCCAUCGGAAAGUGCAGUGUCAUCACAGCCGGUAAUCAGUUUUGUGUACAUUGGAAAGAUAUUUCUAGCAAUCAUUUUCAUAUUUGCACUUGGUGCAGUUUUCACUUUGGCUCUUGAGAAUCUUCCAAGGCUAAUUUUGUUUAUCAACUCAUCCAUGUAAUCUUUGUAAUGUCCACUCCUUGAAAAAUUAUUUGUUUCAAAUGUGUAGAACAAAACUGUAGAGGAAGGGCAUUUCCUCAUAUAUUAAACUAGAAAAGGAAAAUAGAUCCUAUAAAAACAUACA